GCCACCACGAGCUCUAUCGUCAUAAAACCCCACGACGCGGAAAGUGCCGCACAGACGCACUACCACUGCUACGAAAAAGGAAAACAGUUGUAGUAGAAGCCGACUUCACAGAAUUCCAUCUCCUAUUUCUUUUUUGAGAAUAUUUUGUCUGCUUAGCUUCUAUCAUGUUCAAGAAAAAGCCCAAUAUUAAACCAUUCUCCCCGCUGCGCUCGUCUGAGCGCCGCCGAGUUGCGGACCAAAUCAUUGCAGACUUCAAAUUGGAGAUUCCAGCAAGCCAGGAUAAGCCUGAGUCAGAGCAAUCGACGCCUGCACCCACCGUAUCUACCCUUCGAAAUGCUCUCCUCCCGGACAAUACAAUGUCCGCAAGAUUCACUACCACUGCGGGGCCCAACCUGAAGCAGGUCUCUGGAACAGUCUAUGCUGGCACACAUGAUGGCGAGGACAAUAGGAUACUUUGGAUUAAAGUAGAAGAUCGGAUGUAUCCGACCGUGUACACGUUAUGGCGGAACCCUAAUAUUGUCCCUCUUCUACAUACACCGAGUUUCGUACUAGAAAAACUUCAAGGCGGUGCGGAUCUCAUGACACCUGGUCUGACAAGAGGUCCCCCUUUUCCAACAAAUGCCACAAAAGGAGCUGUGGUCGCAAUCGCAAGUCAUGAAAAUCCCACUGUUCCGUUAGCUGUCGGAGUGUGCGAAAUCGAUGUCAGCAGCUUGCAGAAAGCACGAGGAGAAAAAGGCAAAGCUGUACAUCCGGUACAAUGGGAAGGGGAUGAAAUUUGGGCUUGGAACCCGGACGGGAAGGCUGGACGAGCGGCGCCAAACUCUCUUGACGGCUGGGCGGUAACAGGUGCGGAUGAUUCAGACCUCGAGGAAGAAUUGGGAGAGCUCUCUAUAAGUGACGAGGAGGAAGGAGCGGGGACACACGGUCAAGGUGUAUCUUUGGGGGGAGAGCAGGAGUCGGCAGAGGAACGAGGCCCGGCAGGAGAGGAAGAAUCCGCUAUGCAGGAUGAGAAGCCUUUUGACGAGGUCGAAGUUGAGGACAAGGAGCUGACCACAAGAGAAAUCGAUGAUGCCUUCCGGAAAGCGUUCUUGUACGGCUUAUACCAUCAUAAAACAACCAACAAAGAGCCGCCACACCAUGGGCUUGUCUUCCCGCUGACCCAGUCAUUUGUCAUAGCCAAUCUUGUGCUGCCAUACCUACCCGCAUAUACACCAGCGCAGGCAUCAUCUUUACAAAUCAAAAAGACAAGCUGGAAGAAUGUCAAAAAGUUUAUCAAAACUCUUGACAAGGAGCUUUUGGUCAAAUCAAAGGACCGCAGCGGAGGAGAAAUUGUCAUCAUGGACGUCGACUUUGAUGAUCAAGCAUUACUCAACUUUGUUCCUUACCGGCUUCCGAAAAAGGAGGCUCCCUCUGCUGGAGCGGAUCGUGCAGGCGCAGCAGCUCGAACUGCUGCCUCCAGUGACCCUGGACGAGAUGAUUCGAUUGGACAGAAGCUGACCAAGGUCAAUCUCUACAAGCCAAAGGACAAGUUCGCUCCUCUCUUCGAAGCUUCUGGAUCCAGUGUCAAAGCCGCCUAUGUGGCUAGCGAAAUCCGCAUCAUUGUUACAGCAUAUAUUGAGUCCGAAAACCUCAUUGCAUCGACCAAUAAGCGGCUGGUCAACUUAAACCCCAUCUUGGCAAAUGCCGUUUUUGAUGGCCAGUCACCAAUGGAUCGUGAGGUCCUUGCGAAAGGAGCUGUACCAAGAGACGCCCUUGUCGAGCGCGUUCUCCAAGGCUGCGCAAAUUACUGGGCCAUCUUACGCGGAAACGAGAGCAUGGACCAGGUCAAGCCAAAGUCUGGAGCUGCGCCCAAGGUGCAAAUUGUGCUAGAGACUCGCUCAGGAAACAAGACGGUCACAAAAGUAUCUGGCGUCGAAGCGUUCUAUAUCAAACCCAACCCUCUUGCGGAUGAAUUACGCACAGCUUGCGCCGGUUCAACCAGCGUCGGACAAUUAGUUGGAAGUAGCCCCAAGCAUCCAGUCAUGGAGAUUAUGGUGCAAGGUCCACAAAAGGAUGCUGUUAUCAAGGCGCUAGAGAAGCGGGGCAUAAGCAGACAGUGGGUCGAGAUCGUCGACAAGACGAAGGGCAAGAAGCGAUAAUGCCAUGCCUUUUUGUAUUUCAGCGUAUAGUUUUGGACAUAUGACUCUUUUCGAGGACGCUGGGUCUCUCGUAUCUCUCGAAAGUAAUGUUUUUGUAAUUAAGCCCAGUCACGCGCAAAUAGAGGACUCCACGAUGAAUAACACAUAUACCUUGCCAAACAC